AUGCUUUGGCACGUUUUGUUCACGCUGCAAGCCGUCUGCACCAGCGUGGCCCUUACCAUGCAACAUUACCCGGCGGCCUGGGGACACUAUGACGUGUGCAAGUCCCAGAUCUACACGGAGGAGGGCCUGGCAUGGGACUACAUGGCCUGUCAGCCGGAAGCCACCGACAUGACAAAGUACCUGCGAGUGGCCCUCGACCCCCAAAACAUCACGUGUGGAGAUCCGCCAGAAACCUACUGCGCUUUGGAAAACCCUUACAUGUGCAACAAUGAAUGUGACGCUACCACCGAGGAGCUGGCUCACCCUCCUGAGUUGAUGUUCGACUUUGAGGGUCGCAACCCCACGACCUUUUGGCAAUCCACCUCCUGGAAGAAAUACCCAAAGCCCCUGCAGGUGAACAUCACGCUCUCAUGGAACAAGACCGUUGAGCUGACGGAUGACAUCGUCCUGACCUUCGAGUCCGGCCGCCCGGAGCAGAUGGUCCUGGAGAAGUCGCUCGACUACGGCCGGACCUGGACCCCGUACCAGUUCUACGCCACCGACUGCCUGGACGCGUUCACCAUGGAGCCCAAGACAGUGAGCGAUCUCACCCAGCGCACCCUGCUGGAUAUCAUCUGCACUGAGGACUACUCCCGAGGCUACGUGUGGAAGAACGACAAGACGGUGCGCUUUGAGAUCAAGGACCGCUUUGCCCUGUUCGCCGGCCCUCGGCUACACAACAUGGCCUCUCUGUACGGCCAACUGGAUACCACCAAGAACCUGCGGGACUUCUUCACCAUCACCGAUCUGAGGAUUAAGCUGCUGAAGCCAGCCAGUGGAGCCACCAUGAUAGAUGAGAACAACCUGUCCAGAUAUUUCUACGCCAUCUCUGACAUCAAGGUGCAGGGCAGAUGCAAGUGCAACCUGCACGCCAACAGCUGUGUGUUCGACAAGGGGAAGCUGGGCUGCGAGUGUGAACACAACACCACAGGGCCGGACUGCAGCCGCUGCAAGAGGCACUACCACGGAAGAGCCUGGAGUGUGGGCUCCUACCUCCCCAUCCCCAAAGGAACGGCAAAUAUAUGUAUUCCAAGCAAUCAUGGACCAGUGCAUCGAGCAAAUGCCUCCUCUCUUGGUGUUGCAAAUCGUAACCAAGCUCGAGUGUGUGACAACGCCAUGCUGCGCUGUCAGAACGGCGGCACGUGCCACCACCAUCAGCGGUGCCAUUGUUCCCCCGGCUUCACGGGCGUCCUGUGCGAGAGGGCUCGCUGCCAGGGCCCCGGGGAGUGCGAGGACCAGUUGUCCGGACGGGCCACGUUCCAUCAUCCGCUGAUCGGCUGCCGAGUCGUUCUCACCACCAUCGUUCUCCCACUAGUGAUUGUUUCCCUUUGGUUGCGGGUGUCGGUGUUACCAACAGGUCGAGCACCGAUCUGUUGA